GGAUAGAUACUGUAUAAUACUCUAUCUAUGUAUAUAUGUUCAAUCCUUGUUUCCGGGUGUUGGCUGAAUGUCUGAAUGUCUCAGACAGGAUCGCCUACUUGGCGAGCAACCGAUUCGCACAGCGCGUUGGGCACAGCGAGUUUGCUUUUCUUUUUUUCCGGUUCGCACCUUUGGCUCAGUGGUCCACCUCUGAGGGCCCUGAUGGGCACCACCACGUCCUGCGAUGCUGCGACCUCGAGGCCGACUCUAGGCUGUCAAGCUGACACUGUCCAAGCCUGCAGCCAACAAUGUUCCAAAGACAGCACACGAGAUGUGAAAUCCUUUCACGAGGUGCGAGGAAGUUCGUGGGAACCCUCACAAAGCAAGAAGCAGCUUCAAGAGGCGCAGCGCGUGGUGGACCAGACCUUGCAACUGCUGGGCCUCGGAUUGAUGGUUGAGUGGCAGGAUGAGCAGAAGCGGCUGAUCAUCUCCGAGGAUGCCAAGACCUUAGAGCUCCACGGUGAAGCACAUCGACCCAUGCGAAUACCCAUGAGUCAGGUCUCCCUAUUGAAAUACGCACCCAAUUUGGCUUCAAGAUCGAAAGGCACGGCAAGUUGUAGGCUUAAGCCACAUGGGACAUGGGGUGGUUGAAGUUGUGAUCCACUUGUAACCAGAGGCAACGGAUGGCCACCGAGUUCCAAGCAGGUAUACCAUGGCGCCCACGGGGUAGUGGAGCGAUGAUUCACCAAGUGGAGCCAGCGGGGUCAGCAGACCGAGGGUAGUUGGACGUGUCAAACACGUUUGUGUCAUGGAAGGGUGUGAUGAUUUGUCAAGUGAUAGAAGGGCGACUUGCUGAUACCUCAUGUGGUCAAGUGGAUUCAAGUGGUGGUUUGCAAUCUGGCAAAGUGUAGCGGCGCUGUGCCGGCGGCAGAACUCUUCGUUCUGAAACUUAUAAUUCCAUUCUGUAGCACAGACAAUCCUGUAGCCUGGACAAUUCGUUCUGAAUUCUCCAAUUUGUCAGUGUCAGUGUGAUGCAAACAACCUCCCGAACACCAAGUAGGGCCCGGCGGAACAGCUUUCGCAUAUAUAGGUUGCUGUACCAAAGACGCACCGGUUUGCCCAGUUGGCGGCUCUCUUUCCCACA